AUGAUAUCACACCAAGACAGACUGAAGGUCUCCUACCAGGACACCAACUACAGGCGCUCUAUUCCAGCUGAAGAGCGCCUGUCCAUCUGUCUGCGGUUUCUUGCCACUGGGGACUCCUACAGGACCAUUGCGGGGAGCUUCAGAGCGGGCAUAUCCACCGUCUCCAUGCUCAUCCCAGAUGUGGUGGCAGCCAUCUGGGACUGCCUCGUGGAGGAGUUCAUGGCUGUGCCUGGAGCAGAGGAGUGGAGGUCCAAGAGCAUGGUGAUGGGGGAGGUGUCUCGCAGCCCGUGCCGCCCUGGCUCUCCGGGCCUCCAGGACGGCGUGCUCAAGGCCGGCUGGCUCAAGAAGCAGCGCAGCAUCAUGAAGAACUGGCAGCUGCGGUGGUUUGUCCUGCGCUCGGAGCACCUCUACUUCUUCAAGGACGAGGAGGAGACGAAACCUCAAGGACUCAUACCUCUCCACGGCUGCUCUGUGAACGAGCUGACGGCCAACGCAGACGAACCCCGACACCUGUUCGAGAUCGUACCAGGAGGAAGUGGAGAGAAGGAGCGUGCACCAGUCAGCCAUGAGUCCUUCCUGCUCAUGGCCACGUCUCAGAACGACAUGGACGACUGGGUCAAGGCCAUACGCAGGGUCAUCUGGGCUCCGUUUGGAGGAGCUGUGGAACAAGGACGUGUGGUAGAUGCUCCAAUGCCAGAGCCGCAGUGGAAGAACCUGGUGAAAUGUGGCUUCAGGAUGUACGAUAACAGCGCGGUGUUGAUGCUGUGUAACACCUGUUCUGUCAAUUAUUACGACUACAGUGAGACGCCCGCUGGCUGCGAGUGCUGCAGCCGCCUGGCAGGGAUCUUCGGGCAGCGUCUGGAGGACACGGUGCUGUAUGAGAAGAAGUUCGGGUCCCGGCUGGCCCCUCUGCUGGUGGAGCAGUGUGUGGACUUCAUCAGGGAGAGGGGCCUGGACGAGGAGGGCCUCUUCAGGAUGCCGGGACAGGCCAAUCUGGUCAAAGAUCUGCAGGAGGCCUUCGACUGUGGCGACAAGCCUCUGUUUGACUGUAACACAGAUGUCCACACGGUGGCGUCGCUGUUAAAGCUGUAUCUCCGGGAGCUGCCUGAGCCCGUCAUCCCGUUCUCUAAGUAUGAAGACUUCCUCACAUGUGCACAGCUGCUGGCCAAAGACGAGGAGGAGGGCGUCCAGGAACUUGGGAAACAAGUCAGUAAUCUACCUCUGCCCAACUUCAACCUGCUCAAGUACAUCUGCAGAUUCCUGGAUGAAGUCCAGUCUCACUGCAACCAGAACAAGAUGAGUGUCCAGAACCUGGCCACAGUCUUUGGACCGAACAUCCUCCGACCCAAGAUGGAGGAUCCUGUCACCAUCAUGGAAGGCACGUCCCUGGUGCAGCACCUGAUGACGGUGCUGAUCCGGGAGCACAGGCGUCUGUACGAGGGCCGAGAGCAGGAGUCCCUGAGCCCGCCCCCCAGCACAGACCUGCCCCCGCCCCACCUGCCCCACCUGCACCACCGCAGCCUGGGGGCCUGGAUAUCUGAGGAGGACCUGCCCAGCUGCCCCGCGGACCCCGACUCCCAGAGCGACGCCUCCUCUUUAGACGCCAAGCUGUGCGCCGCCGUGAGUCCCGCACAGAUGCCCAAACCCGGGAAGGACGCGGUCAUCAGCCCCAGCAAGCAGCCUCGCCCCGCCCCCUCCUGGAAGUACUCCUUCAAGAACUCCGCCUCCUCCGCCGCCGCCGCCAAACCGGGCUCUGCGGCCGACUCCAGCAGCAGCGGCGGGAACUGGCUGAUGAACGGCCUGUCGUCGCUCCGGGGCCACCGCAGGACCUCCUCUGGGGAGCGGUCGGGGCGGGACCGGGACUCGGCUGCGUCCUCCCAGAGACUGUCCACCUACGAUAACGUGUCGUCCAGCUCGGGCAGCGUCCCCAGCGUGGACAGCUCGCCCUGGUCCACCUCCUCGUCCUGCGGCACCUCGGCCCCCGAGUCUGGGAGCAGCGACCCGUCAGGAGGGGCCAGCGUGGGGGUGGUGAGCGACUGGGCCGACCCUCACAGAGACACAGACGUCCUGAGCUCAGAGCCUGACAGCUGCGAGGCCAUGGAACUGUGCAGCAGCGCCCCCUGCAGUGAGAACGGCAGCAGUGCAGCCUGUGUCCUGAUGGGGGAGGAGGGGGAGGAGGCCAAUGGGACCCUCAGCGGCCUCGUGGAGGGCCUCAGGGACGAGCUGAGGAAGCAGAGGAGCAGCUACGAGGAACGCAUCCACAAGUUGGAGGAGGCCAGUGCAGCGCUGUGUUCCCAGAUGGAGCGCCUGGAGCAGGACAUGGAGCAGGAGCGUAAGAAGCAGCGCAUGUUGGAGAUCAAACUGCGGAACUCGGAGCGUGCACGAGAGGACGCCGAGAACCGCAACCGGCUCCUGGAGAAGGAGAUGGAGGACUUCUUCUCCACUCUGGGGGACUUGGCCCUCGGAGCCAGGACUAGUGACAUUUAA